AUGAUUGUCAUUCCUCAAGCCAGUGUGGGAGAGGUGCAUCAUGCCAUCCGCACAACUUUCCAGAGGGUCAGCGACUUCUUUAUUCCUCCAACCAACCUCAUCAUCACACACGUGAGGUUUGCCUUCGUCUUCCUCAAAAACGAACCUGCGGUACACAAGAUCGACCUUGAGACCUUCCAUCGCGUCAAGACCAUCAGCCUGAAGAACUACAGCUGCAUACCGGUCAGCAUGGCGUACACACACCUGAGCGGCUUCUACUUCGUCCAGUGCGAGAGCAAGAGCCACCUGAAAGCCCCGCCCCAGCUGCUCAUCGACAGCGUGACGGACGCAGUGAUUGGUCCAAACCUGAACAUCACUGGGCAGGCCUUUGUGUCGCCGGAUGGCCGCUACAUUGUGACGCCCGACCCUCAGAGCUCCAAGUUGAUAGUACAGACAGUGUCGUUCCAGGGGGAGCUGGGUCUGAACCAGGAAGUGGACGAGCCAAUAGCUGUGUCCGAUUUGGCUUUCCAGCCGUCCUUCACGGAGUCCAACCAGCACGUGGUUGUCGCCACCUCGAGCUCAGGGACGGACCUGCUGUUUGCCGAUCUGUCCUCGGGCCGCACUGAGGUUCUGCGGAGCCUCAAGGAGCCCCUGGCCCCCCAAGCCUGGCCCUGGGGAGGCCCCAACAGAGUAGUGGUCUCCAGCGGUUUGUUUGGACAGUACCUUGUGACGCCGUCAGCCGAGUCCCUCUUUGUCCUGAAUGGUAAACAGAGAACGCCUCACUGUGAAGUGUCAGACAUCAAGAGAGGAAACACAGUCGUCUGGGUCGGCGAGGUAUGAGUAAAAAGGGGAAAAAAAGAAAGAUGAAGAUUAGAGACAAACGUAAAUGGAAAAAAAGGAAAGAUCAGGCCAAAUUACCUAUUAUACAGAUUUAUGUGAAGAUCAGUUGUGGACUCAACCCUGGGACUGAGCGAGAGGGAUACAUGCCUGGGUUUAUUGUAA